UCUUUCUUGCCUGAAUCUGUGUGGCUUCUUCACUCCUCCAGUCGCCGGAGCAGAUUUUGCAGCCAAUUGCUGCCAGUGGACUUACGGUCAGUUUUCUUUGUACGAGCCAUUGAGAAUCUAAGAUUCAAAAGGGAUAUUUGUGAUUUGUUUAUACUUUGAGUAUAAGUGCCCCUCCUCCUAUCCUAUCAACUGAGAAGCAUCACUGUCGAAUUGGGUGAUUUUUUGGUGAAAAUGUACUGCUGCCCACUCUCACCUUCAAAACAGAGUCCUUAUUCAUCUGCUCAUUUUCUUUCUCCUUCAGCGACAUAUUUUGGGUUUUGUAAUGCAAGCAAAAGGGUGUCCAUUUCUCUAAUUAAUUUGGGAAAUGAAUCAAAGGAAUCGGUUUCUACUUCGAGACUAAAUUAUGGGUUCCUUCGUGCAACCAAAAGGGUGUCUGUUUCACUGACUAGUUUGGGAAAUGGGGAUCGUUUGGUCAAUGUUAGGUGUGGAGAGUCGGCUGUGGAGCAUGAUGAUGGGUUUUAUAUAAGAAGGUGUGUGGAGAUUGCUAGGAAAGCAGUUGGGCAUACCAGUCCUAAUCCUAUGGUUGGGUGUGUAAUUGUUAAGGAUGGGAAGAUUGUAGGUGAAGGUUUUCACCCAAAAGCUGGCCAGCCACAUGCUGAGGUUUUUGCACUCCGAGAUGCUGGUGAUUUAGCAGAAAAUGCAACAGCCUUUGUGAGCUUGGAGCCAUGUAAUCAUUAUGGAAGAACUCCACCUUGCACUGAGGCAUUAAUCAAGGCCAAAGUGAAAAAGGUGGUUGUCGGGAUGGUGGAUCCAAAUCCUAUUGUAGCUUCAACUGGUGUAAGUAGAUUAAGAGAUGCAGGAAUUGAAGUGAUCACAGGUGUUGAAGAAGAACUCUGCAGGAAGCUUAAUGAAGCUUAUAUACAUCAAAUGUUGACCGGAAAGCCAUUUGUCACACUCAGGUACUCUCUCUCAGUUGAUGGUGAUCUCUUGGAUCAGCUGGGUGCAGAAGUCACGGAGUCUGGUGGAUACUAUUCAAAAUUGUUACAAGAAUAUGAUGCAGUUGUUGUUUCUUCCUUCUUGCUGUCAACAAAGCAUUCUGUUCUUUCAUCUAAAGAACCAGGAGCAAAGCAACCUCUUCAGAUAGUAUUAGCAAAAAGUUCAGGUUCACUACAACUCCCUGCCGUUACAGCGAUAUCAUCUAAAACUAUAAUCUUUAGUGAUGAGGAGAUUGUUGUGGAGCUUGAAGCAAGUCAAAGAGGGAUAGAGACAGUAGUUUUGGAUAGGAUGAAUUUAACAGCUAUCCUUGAACAUUGCAAGCGUCAAGGACUGUGCAGUGUGAUGCUGGAUUUGAGAGGAAACUCUGCAGAAUUUGAGGAAAUCCUGCAAGAGGGUUUUGAACAAAAUUUGUUUCAGAAGGUUAUUGUGGAAGUGUUGCCAAUUUUGGGUGCAGGUUAUAAAGAGGCUUUCAAAUAUAUGCAGCAAAACCGAAGGCUGAAGAAUUUAACAUCGAGGACCUUAGGCGAAAGUAUUCUUCUGGAAGGAUAUUUCUAAGUGGAUGGACGAUUUUAUAAUGAUGGUGAUCAUACAAGGUUAUCUUCCGCUUAUCACUGAAAGCUGCAACAAGUCUACAAGCAUAUCAAAGUUACAUUCCUUCCUCUAAAAGAGGGAACUUGAUUUCUGAACCAGUGCUACUUUAUUCAUGUCACUUCAAACUAUACUGAAAGGUCCAUGGUGAGAUCAAGCUUCUCUUGUUAACGUUGUAGAACUGACUAUGCUUUGUACUAGAGUCUUUAGACCAUUCAAGUUUUUGCUAGAAAAUGUUUAAGACAAACAUAUAAUGUUGCUUUCCGUUUGUUGCAUUUCAAUUGACAAUAAAGAUGUCUGCAUUUUGAUCUUUA